CAGAAAGCAAAAAUGUCUUCUCCACUGCCUUCUCGCCUCCUCCAUCUCCCCUCCAAACCACCGCCGCCGCCGCCAAAGCCAAAUUCCGCCACCACACUCCUCCACUUCCCCCUAGACCGGCACUAUGCUUCACCCACCAGAAUGUCCCGGUUCAAGUGCUCCGCAGGUGAACCCGGUUUCUUCACCAAACUCGGCCGAUUAAUCAAAGAAAAAGCCAAGAGCGAUGUGGAGAAAAUCUUCUCCGGAUUUUCAAAAACACGUGACAAUUUAGCCGUUAUCGAUGAGCUCCUCCUUUACUGGAAUCUCUCCGAUACCGAUAGGGUUUUGGAUGAACUCGAAGAGGCAUUACUCGUUGCCGAUUUUGGGCCUCGAAUCACUAAAAUCGUGGAUACAUUGAGAGAAGAUAUAUACUCUGGCAAACUCAAAUCAGGGAGUGAAAUCAAAGAUGCGUUAAAGAGGAGCAUAUUGAAUUUGUUAACGGCUAAGGGACUUAAAACGGAGUUGCAGUUGGGAUUCAGGAAACCAGCUGUUAUUAUGAUCGUAGGUGUCAAUGGGGGUGGUAAGACUACUUCCCUCGGAAAAUUGGCGCAUAGAUUUAAGAAAGAAGGGACCAAGGUAUUAUUGGCAGCAGGAGAUACAUUUAGGGCAGCUGCAAGCGAUCAAUUAGAGAUAUGGGCAGAAAGAACGAAUUGUGAGAUUGUUGUAGCUGAAAAGGAAAACGAAAAAGCAGCUACAGUUCUUUUACAGGCUGUGAAAAGAGGAAAAGUAGAAGGUUAUGAUGUUGUUUUAUGCGACACAUCUGGACGUUUGCACACUAAUUACAGCCUUAUGGAAGAAUUGGUCGCAUGCAAGAAAGCUAUCGGGAAA